AUGAAAAAAUUUGGUGUUAACAGCGUGCGAUGUUCCCAAAACGGUUUCGGCAUGAAAAGCCAAUUAUCUAGUUAUCAAUCCCUCCGUCCGCCAUAAAACUCUAAUAAAGGUCAGUUCUAUGUAUAUACUAGAGCUCUACUUAAACGCGUGUCGGCAUAUCGAUUGACGAGAAGUUGCGGUUGUGAAUCGUUCAGUCUUCAGUCUUCGUGUGAAGUCGAAAGUACGCGCGCAUUCUUUUUCGUGAGACACAGAUCGUGUCACUUAACGCUUGUCAAAAAGUGGCAAAUAGAAACCGAGAAUAUGUCCAUACAAUUUUAUUACUAUCCUCUGAGCCCACCUUGCCGAGCUGUGAUGCUCACUGCGGAAGCGAUUGGACUCGAGAUAGAGCUAAUAGAGCUGAACUUAAUGGCUGGCGAACACUUGACACCGGAAUUCGAAGAGUUAAAUCCGCAAAAGACGAUCCCUUUCAUGGUGGACGACGAUCUCAAGCUGUCGGAAAGUCGAGCUAUUAUGUCGUACUUGGUUGACCAAUACGGCGAAAAUGACAGCUUGUAUCCGCAAAAUACGGAAAUGCGUGCCUUGGUUAAUCAGCGAUUGUACUUCGAUCUCGGCACGCUCUAUGCUAGUGUAUUCAGUUAUUAUAUAUCUGUGUUCAAAAAACUCACCGAUACGUACGAUCCAGCGGAAUUUGAAAAGCUAACAGAGGCCUUCCGAAUUCUGGAUACUCUCCUCGAAGGACAAGAAUACGUGGCUGGACCCAACUUGACGAUUGCUGAUUUUGCUUUGGUCACGUCUGUGACUACAGCAGAAGCUUUCGGGUUCGAAAUGGAGGAGUAUAAGAACGUUUCCGAUUGGUUAGAAAGAGUAAAAACAUCCGCACCUGGAUAUGAAAAGGCUAAUGGUGAGGCAGUCGAGACAUUUAAGCAAAUUGUGCAAGAGUCACGAGGUAACGAAGAAGAAGGAAAAGAAGAAGGGGAAGAAGAAAAGGAAGAAGAAGAAGAGAAGGAAAAAGAAGAAUCAGAAGGGGAAGAAGAAAAGGAAGAAGAAGAAGAGAAGGAAAAAGAAGAAGAAGAAGAGAAAGAAGAAGAAGAAGAAGAGUGAAUGAAUCAGUGAAACGAGUAACAUUAUAUAAAAAAAUAUAUUGUUUCAAUCUUUAA